AUGGGUAGAAUUAGACGUUUGAUAGACCUUCCCGCCUGUGAACUCCACAGUCUUGGGGAGUUGGCAGAGCUAAUGUCUUCUGUUCACGUCUCACUCAUCUGUACGAAAAAGCUAACGCUGGCCUUGAAGAAUGAAGGCUAUAUUCCAAAACUGCUACAGCUUUUCCAAGUCUGUGAGAGUGCAAAGGACACUGAAUCCUUGCAUCUUCUGUUUGAGAUAAUGAAAGGAAUUUUGUGCUUGGACAAAACCAUUCUGUUUAAGGUGAUGUUUUCUGAUGAGUAUAUUCUGGGUGUUAUCGGAUGCCUUGAAUAUGAUCCUCGUUUGGCUCAGCCAGGACGGUACAGGGAAUUCUUGACCAAAAAAGAAAAGCUUCAGGAUGUUAUUCCUGUCAGAAACCCUGAACUCAGGCAAAAAAUCCGGCAGACAUCCAGGGCACAGUACAUUCAAGCCAUCAUCAAUCCAAAUCCAUUGGAUUUUAAAGGGGGUUCUCUUUCUACCCUCAAUUCCUUCAUCAGCUCCAGCAAACACAAGAUUUUUCAGGCAUUGCAGAAAGAUCAGAAAUUUUUGCCUGAAGUUUUUGCACGAUUAACAAAUGAAGAUACAGCUGCUGAACAACAAUGUGAAUUGAUGAAGUUUUUCAAGGAAUUCUGUGCCUUUUCUUGCAUGUUACCUAAGAAAAGAGAUGAAUUUCUUCAAACUCUAGUAAAGCUGAAAUUUCUUCCAAUUCUUGAAAUGUUAAUGAAAAAGGACGAUCUGCAAGUUAGAUCUGGUGCUACAGAUAUAUUGUGUUACCUAGUAGAAUUUAGUCCAACCACCGUCCAACAAUUUGUAAUGCAAGAGGCCAAGCAGAAUGAGAAUGAUACCCAACUCAUCACUGAGAUCAUUGAGCAGAUAGUCUGUAGUCCUGACCCUGAAUUUGGAGGAGAUAAUAAGUUGAUGGAGAUUUUGUGUGCUCUGAUCAAUCCACAAAAAAUGCUGGCUGUAGCUAGUCAUUUAGAAGUAUUUGAAUUUCUCGAUAUCUUCUACGACCGUUACAUUCAAGUUCUUAUAGCGCCGCUUCUGGCUCAUACAUCAGAAGAAUGGAAUGAAAUAGAUACUUAUCAAACAGCAGAAAUACUUGCCUCAGUUUUGAAGCUGUUGUCUUUUUGUGUCGAACGGCACAAGUAUCACAUGAAGAAUUUCGUCAUCAAGAACGAUCUCCUGAGAAGAACACUGGUUUUGAUGAAAUCCAGACACAAAUUUCUGGCCUUGUGUGUUCUUCGCUUUAUGAGGAGGAUAAUUGGCCUGCAGGAUAACGUUUAUAACCAAUACAUCACUGUGGGAAACCUGUUUGAACCAGUUGUAAAUGCUGUGCUGGAGAACAAGUAUAGGUGCAACCUGCUCAUGUCUGCCUCGAUAGAGCUGUUUGAAUUCAUCCGACAGGAGAAUAUGCAUUUCCUUAUUGCACAUAUAGUUGAAAACUUCUCGGAUGCACUGGAAUCUGUCAAAUACAUUCACACAUUCCAGGAACUGAAGACAAAAUAUGAGCAAGCAAAAAAGCAAGAAGUAGCAAGAUGUGAGCAACAGGAGAAACUGAACAGGGUCUCCAUAUUGCCUGGUGAGACACUUGUCAAAAAAGCAGUAGUCUCACAGGAUGAAGGUGAAGAGAAGGCAGCUCCAACAUCACCAGCAAGCUCCAGUGACUCCCAUCCAACGAACACAACCCUGGCCGCAGUGAUGGCAGCCCCCAAGAGAGGUAUAUUUGAAAUAUUUGGUUAUCCUGAUGAUGAAGAUGAUGAGACAUCACCAAAGAAAAAAGCUCGUCUGGAUUCCUAA